AUGAAUCCCUUUUCAAUUCUAGAUAUACAACAUUCUCCCUUAGACGAACAACGAAUACUCAUUGUACAACUAGAAAAAUCUGAUUCUCCAGAAAAACCAGACCAGGCAUAUGGUGGACCACCAUCUUUACGUUCUUCUUCGCCUACAACAAGCGUAUCAUCCAGCACAAGUUCGUGUCACUGUCCGUGCCCAUGUCAUGUGCCUCCAGUUGAAAUCGUCAAUGCGUGCACUAUAUGCUGUGCUGCAUUUGUUUCAGCUUUAGCUGUUUGCUUUUGUGGACCAUGUAAAUGGUGUUGUGAAACCGUAUGCGGUCGCCCUUGUAAGGGUUCAGAACCACCAACAGGUCCUAUUUCACAACGUCCAUCUACGCCAACAGGCUCUAUUUCACAACGUCCAUCUACGCCAACAAGCUCUAUUUCACAACAUCCAUCUACGCCAACAGGCUCUAUUUCACGACGUCCAUCUACGCCAACAGGCUCUAUUUCACAACGCCCAUCUACGCCAACAAGCUCUAUUUCACGACGUCCAUCUACGCCAACAGGUUCUAUUCCGCCACCUUCAUCUACACCAAUCCAACCUCAAAUUGAAACUCCAGAUACAGGUGUCUGCUUUUGUGGAGCAUGUGUAUGGUGUUAUAAAUCCAAAUGUGGCGGCCUAUGUAAUUGUUCUGGAACACCACCAGGUCCUACUCCAUCACCUCCAUCUACAUCAAUCCAACCUCAAAUUGAAAAUCCAGAUACAGGAGAAAUAAAUGAACAUGAACAACCAAAUGGCACAGGUACCUACAUACAUCAUGACAUAGAAGGACAAAUUCGGCAAGGUCGUUAUGUUGGUGAAUGGAAAGAUGAUAAAAAACAUGGUAAAGGAACACAUUACUACAGAAACGGUGACACCUACAAAGGUUCAUGGAAAGGCGGCGAGAGAGAUGGCGAUGGUACAUACACUUAUUAUAAGCAGCCAUCGGCUGAAUAUAAAGGGCAGUGGAAGAAUGAUAAAAAACAUGGCAAAGGUGUCCUGAAGUUUACCAAUGGUGAUAAAUAUGAUGGAGAUUGGAAAAAUAAUAAAAUGGAAUCUGCUCACGCAACUUACGCGUAUGCUGAUGGUUCAGAAUAUGUUGGUAAGUACAGUGCACAUUUUUAG